AUGUCCAUGGCCAUCAAGAAAUAUGCUUUCCACGAUUUGCCCCAACAUUCAUCCCCGGGGCCGGUCAAACAGAUGGAGAGAUAUUGGAGACUUUGUGGGCUGUUCUCAACGAGCCUUUGCAAGAAGUGGAAGCAAGCAAAACUCGGGCUCUCUGAGAGCUUCCAGGCUCUUGAAGAAUUAAGUGCCUCAGCAAGUAAGGAACAGAUUCAAGAAUGGGAGCAACAGAUCAAAACGGCAAAUUUGAAUCGGGCAAAGGACCUUUCCGCCAUGGACAUCUAUUACGUCAAGGUCAAGGAAGCCGAGACCGAAAAGGGCAUUCGGCUAAAACUUAUGACUAAAGAACAGGCAGGCAAGGUCAAGCCGGGGUUAACUGGAUGGGUAAACACCGGUAUCAAAAUUCAGGAAGCCCAAGCCGAAUUGGCUGCCUUUGUGAAGGCUCAAGGCAGUCGUCCAAGUGCCGAUCAGAAGCUGGAGAUAAUGAAACGUCGAGAGAAGCUGUCCAAGCGACUUGAAGAGUUUUCCGAGGCCGGUCAAGGCCAUUUUCCCAACUUGGAAAUUAAUGAAGGAACUAUUCAUGAUCCACCGCUCUCGGAGGAUAUUGUGGAUGACGAUGACUGGAGCGAUUGUGAUGAAGAGGAAACCCCAGCACCGAGCAUACCCAGUUUGCCUGAUCAGGGAUAUGGAUCGGCCGAACAUCAACAAAUCCUCUUACCAUCCUCAUUUCAAGCAGCCCUCCUCCCUACAUCACUGGGAGAAGCCCNGAUUCAAACCACUACCAGCGCUUCUCCUGACCGGUUCUCGUCUUGCUUGUAUCGCCUUAUCUAUCUCGCCUUUCAGAUCUUCGUCUCCGACUUUUCACGCCGCUGCUCACACCUACCACUCACGCUUAACGCUAUGCGAUUUCGAUGGCCUCUAUGCAAUCCCGCCGCCGCAACAUCAUCGCUUACCUGGACAUUCAAGCUUUCAAGCCCUCAGCGCAUUACAACGUCUUUCCGAUGUUCGCCUUUUCGUGCCACCGCUCACGCCUACACCAUCAUCGCUUCCUCCGACAUAACGCUCAGCGCAUUACAAUCUAGGCGAGCCAUCCAUUCCCGUCUCCAACUCAGAUAUCGCCACGGUCACAUCUCCUAUUGCGUGGGUGGCCUCGAGCCUAAGCGUAGUAAAGUAGCCGCGUCCCUUGCCUGGCAGCGUCCAUACGACGGCGAUUUUUUCUUUGAGCGUGGCGUUACAUUGGGCGGGCUCAUGCGCUUGUUUCAACUCACAAGCGUCCUUCGGGAUCACCAGCUCAUCUUUUCACAAGCACAAUACACUCGGCGGGUACCCUUUCAUUCGCAGAACAACCAAUCCCCACGCCACACAUGUCCUAAAGCAUCCUGGGUACUGGUGUUACCCGGGUGUGGAAAGUCGCACCCUCACGGGGGCGUCUCGGGUAUCAUCUCACCGGACGUGGCACCGCUGACAACGGUGAAGCGGCGGUUGGUUGUUUCUGCUUUUGAACUGGGUACUCAGCAUGGGGGCGCCUUUACUCUGUCAUCUUCGCAACCCAACUCAGGACUUCAGCUCAUGUUUCUAGUAUACGUGAUCUCAAUGACAACCGUCUACCGCGAAAAAAAUCGUCUCUUUCCAAUUCGCCUACCUCGCCGACACUUUCGUCUACGAAUCCCGGACUCGAAACAACCCUCCACACCAUCUGCAUCCUCAGGCACACCUAUCCCCGCCUCCGCAAUCUCUCAGCCCAAAUGGAGACAAGUCAUCACUCACGGCUUCCCCACGUACCGAUGCACGGCGCAAUUGGUGACGGACACUGACACGGGGAAGAUGUACCUCUUCGGAGGGUACGUCAAUUCCGAUUUUAUACCCUGCCGCCCGGAUGUGGUGUCUCAGCCUUUUGGCGAUUUGUGGGAGCUCCGGUUGGAUGUUCCUGGUGGGCAUUUUGAUGCCGUUAAUUUGGAAGAGGAGAUAAGAACGGCCAAGGCUGGUCCUUACCAGAGGUGUUUUGCGUGUGGGAAUGCUGGGCCUUGGAGGGAAUGUGGAGGUUCAUGUCGUGGUCGGGCGUUUUUCGGCCGCUUCAAAACCGCUGCUACAGAAAAUAUGUAG